GGGUGCACACGGGUUUCUUACUGUCCCCCAACAGUGAAAUCGAAGGCCUCGCCGAGUCAAUAGUGAAAAAUAAAAUUGCAGCAGUUGUCAUUUCUGCAUUUAUGUACACCUUUCCGACUCAUUUCAAUAUUCUCGUCAUCCGCCAAAGUGAAAAAUCUUAUUGUUGAUGAGGGGUGGGGAGCGAUGUUCAGUGAAUCAGUGAUUUUUUUCAUUUCUUCCCAUUGAUUUUCAACAAUUUUUAUUUUUAUUUUCAUUUACAUAAUUGAACGAUUAGAUUUUUCGGGUUGCAUUGAUUUCUCAUCGUCAGCAUGAAUAAAAUAUUGGGAAUGAACUAUUGCACAGUUUUCUCUGUUCUUAGAAGUCCCGAGGAGGGUGAAUCAUUAAAGCGAAUCGUCUAAAAAGAGCAGUUGAAAAAAAGAUUAUUAGAAAAGUAUUUUCGAAGAAAGAAAAAUUGUGAACUUUUUUUUUAUUGCGCGAUCUGGGGAAACAGCUGUAGAAUUUUGUGGAUUUUACGUUGGUCUCUAAAUAUAGCAAAGGCGGAAAGGUGAAGAGGAAAAAUUGUGAUUUUGCAGUUUUGGUUACGUAAAUAUUUUUUCUUUAAGAAUUUUAAUCGAACUUUUAUCAUUUUUUUUCUCGUUAUUGAUUGUCGCGGAGUUAGCACGUGCCAGGUGCCACCAGCUACUGUUCCCGAGACUUUAUUGUGAUUUAUUGACAUUUGUCUUGCGUGGAAAGAUAAAAAAGUGUAACAAAAUUGUUGGUAUUCAUUGUUAAACGUGCUGUUAUCAAAAGAGUAUCGAUUGCGUCGAUAAAGUAGAUGAUUCUAUCAUCACAGACUCAUGACAAAAAUAAUUGAAUAAUUUCCGAGCCCUUACUCUCGAAAAAGUCUCCAAAAAAUAGCCGAUAUUUUCUUUAAUAAUUGAAUAACUCACGCAGUUGAGACAGACUCUGCCGAUAAAACAAUCAGAAAUUGAAUUUUAAAACUAGAAAAUCCCUAGUGUAAAAAAUUGCCGGCUUGAGAGACGGCACUUCGAUCCUACCCACUCCCAGUGAUGUAUUUGCGAUCAAUCGACAAAAGAGUGUGCGAAAAAUUGCAACAGCCACUAUUUCCCCUAGAAUCAGGUGGAAAUAAUUCACUUACCGUCGAGGAUUCUCCACAAUUGCCCGUGACAAUUCCUCAAUCCGUUGGAUUGUCACGAGGUAUGAGUGAGGGUGAACGAGCAGUAACAACUCCACUAAUUGGCUGGAGAAAAUUAACCGAUCCCGGUGACUGACACGAACACAAUCAAAAAAUAUCAACGAUACGAUAGCAUAAAUUGAUUUAUCAUCGAUCGAUAAUAUCGGCAGACUCAUCUAGGGACAUUCACGUUUAUUUUGUUGAUGUACUGAUGGAAUCAAUUAUGAAAUUGUUUGUGAUCGAUGAUUUAAUGAUGGACAUGAGGAUGGCGGGUAAUCGGUGUCGGUAGCAGACGGGGUUUAUCGAUUAUUGGUCACGUGGGAGGGGUAAAUGACCCCGGUUGGAGGAUCCAGGGGGUUGGAUCCAUCGAUAUUGACCUUGAAAGAUCAAUUGGUGUAAGUGAGGGAUCAGGACUGAUUGAUUAAUCAUCCGUAAAGACAAUAAGUGCUUCGAAAUAAUCUAGGAAAAUUAUCAGUUAAUGAGGGGUUGAUCCAAAAAUUGCGGUAGCUCGUGGUGAGAGAAUAUUGUGACGGAUUUGUCGAGAUUUGGUUUAAAGAAAAGGGAAAAGGGAACCAUGCCGGCAACACCGAAAAAGCUCAAUUUGAGCUUUUCAAAAAAUGCAUACAGCGUUUUUGGAGGCAGAAGAACGGGAAGUGGAGAAGAGCAACGGACGGAACAAAAAACUGAAUUGUUGGAGGGAACUCGAGGCAAUGGCCUCCUACACUUUAAGAACGGUGUCGACUACAUCAAUCCAGGGGAGGAGGAUCAGAUGGAAAUUUAUGGAUAUAAAAGGGACAAGGUACGCACCAUCAUCACAUGGAUUCUUAUCGCUAUCACCGGAGGGUUGCUGCGAUUGGUCUUCCACUGGGUGCCUCAUGUUAUGCUCCUUGCAACGCAUUCCAAAUGUCCGAUGGAAGAAGCGGAAACAGUUAUGUUGAUCGAACGAUUCCAAGGGAAACAUACGAGCUACUAUGUGAAAAAAUUAAGGACUAUAACAGCAAAAGAAGUCUCGAAAAAUAUCGACGAAGACUCUCUAAUCGAUGAGCCUUUUUCCGAAGCCGGAAGUUUGGAGAGCGUAUCUGUGGGUGGGCAGGAGACAAUGCUGUCCGUGCACUUAACGGGGGGUUAUUUCAAGCAGGUGCCAUCAAUCAUAACUUUCAACUGCAAGAAGUUAACAUACAUCUGGGACACUGAGCGAUCUGAAUUCAUGAAGCUCUCGGGCCUCGACAAUGGCGUGUUAACAUCAACCCUUCAUCAGAUGCCCGGUCUCAAUUCCUUCGAGCAAUUCCUUAGGCGAAGUGUUUACGGUAACAAUGAAAUCGUCAUCCCAGUGAAGAGCUUUAUUACUCUUCUCUGUUUAGAAGUACUUAAUCCAUUCUACGUCUUCCAAAUAUUCAGUUUCUGUCUGUGGAUCGCUGAUGAUUAUUAUUAUUAUGCUAUGGCUAUCAUUUCUAUGUCGUGCUUUGGUAUUGGAAUGGCCGUCCUUCAAACCCGCAGCAAUCAGCACAAAUUGUCAUCAACAGUUCAUUCUUCCGACGUGGCAACGGUCAUGCGAGACCGUGCAACCGGUAAAAUAGACUCCGUCGCCGCAGAACGUCUAGUUCCCGGCGACAUUUUGGUGAUUCCCCCUCAUGGCUGCCUGAUGCCCUGCGACGCAGUUCUGUUGACCGGCAACUGCAUCCUGAAUGAAUCAAUGCUGACCGGUGAGUCCGUUCCAGUAACCAAAACCCCGAUUCCCUCUUCCAACGAGGUUACGUACGACACCAAAGAGCACGCCCGUCACACCCUCUUCUGCGGCACAAAGAUUAUUCAGACCCGAUACUUCGGAGGUGAGAAAGUUCUAGCUGUCGUCGUCAGGACGGGCUUUACCACGAGCAAGGGUGGGCUAGUUCGAUCGAUAAUGUAUCCGCCGCCGGUAGAUUUUAAGUUUGAACAGGACUCAUACAAAUUCGUGGAGCUACUUGCGUGUAUUGCGAGCAUUGGGGUCAUCUACACGACGAUAACUAAGGCGAUGAGAGGAGUUGCACCAGGUCAUAUCGCCCUGGAGGCACUCGACCUCAUCACUAUCGUUGUCCCUCCAGCAUUGCCCGCGGCUAUGACAGUUGGUCGCCUUGUCGCUCAAAACCGCUUAGAGAAAAAGCGAAUCUAUUGCACAAGCCCCAGAGCGAUCAAUGUCUCGGGAUCUAUUGAUUGCAUUUGCUUCGAUAAAACGGGAACAUUGACUGAGGAUGGGCUUGACAUGUGGGGGGUGGUACCAGCAGUCGAUAAUAAGUUCCAGAUUCCCACAAAAAAUAUAGGGAGCCUUCCCGCUAAUGAAAUACUCGUGGGAAUGGUGACCUGUCAUGGAAUCACAAUUAUCGAUGGGUCACUCGUGGGUGAUCCCCUGGAUCUAAAGAUGUUCGAAUCCACUGGGUGGAGUCUCGAGGAACCCGAUGUCUCUGAUAACUCCAAGUUCUCAAUGAUGUUUCCAACUAUCGUUCGACCUCCGAAAAAUUCGAAACUCUUGCAGACUCCCAACCACGACCUGGUAGUGUCUCGGGCCAGACAGAAUUCCGUAACCUCUGAGGUAAUAGAGAAUCUUUCUCUGAAUAACCUCGCGGAAUCUGAUGCUGACCUAGCAGAACAGGGGCUGGAGAUCGGUAUUGUUCGGCAAUUUCCGUUUACAUCGAGUCUUCAACGGAUGAGCGUAAUCACGAGAACAUUGGGAGCGAACCACUUUGAUCUUUACUGCAAAGGCAGUCCAGAAAUGAUCCUCAGUCUUUCGAAGCCAGAGUCAGUACCUGUAGACUUUGCUUCGGUUCUCCAGGAAUACACGUCUGAGGGUUACAGGGUCAUAGCAUUAGGUCACAAGUCUUUGAAUCGUUUGACGUACACGAAAGUCCAGAGAAUUAGUCGAGAGGCUGCUGAGACUGAUCUCAUCUUCCUCGGAUUCGUAAUCCUAGAGAAUCGAUUGAAGCCCGAGACAACUCCUGUCAUCGAGGCGCUGAACCGUGCGUGCGUCAAGAUUGUAAUGGUGACGGGUGACAACAUGCUCACUGCGUUGUCAGUGGCUAGAGACUGCGGAAUGGUCCAUCCUAGGAUGCCAGUGAUCGCCGUGGCGGCUGUGAGCCAGCAGAACCAGCAGAAGCCUCAUUUGUACUUCACGCGUAGUGAUAGUCAGCAGUCUCCAAUGUCCCCUAAUGGCCAGAGUAGCAUCAGUGAAAUGACAGACUUGAAUAGCAUCACGUCAUUUGAUACAAUCGAGAGUGGUUUUGUGAACAAUACAGCAGACAAUGGAGUGUAUCUGUCGGACAAGGUUCACAGCAAUAACAAAUACGUCUUCUCGUUGACCGGAAAAACCUGGUCUAUGAUAAAACAGCAUUAUCCGGAGUUAAUCCCGAAGAUUACGACGCGCGGGAGUAUCUUUGCAAGGAUGUCGCCUGACCAGAAGCAGCAGUUGGUACAGGAGUUGCAAUCAUUGGGGUAUUAUGUGGCGAUGGUUGGAGAUGGGGCAAAUGAUUGUGGAGCACUCAAAGCGGCACACACUGGCAUCUCUCUGUCUGAUACAGAAUCAUCCGUGGCUUCGCCAUUCACCAGUAGAGAGACUAACAUUUCCUGUGUUCUAUCUGUGAUCCGUGAAGGCAGAGCAGCUCUCGUCACCUCUUUCGGGAUCUUCAAGUACAUGGCAGCCUAUUCUCUUACGCAAUUCAUUUCCGUGAUGAUACUGUACAGUAUUGAGUCGAAUUUGACCGAUAUCGAAUUCCUAUACAUCGAUCUCUUCAUCAUCUCCAUCUUUGCAUUCUUCUUUGGUAGGACUGAAGCUUACGAUGGACCACUGGUUAAAACAGCCCCAUUAACAAGUCUCAUCAGCACUUCUCCUAUCCUUAGCCUCUGCUCUCAAAUGAUUAUUGUCACCGUCUUCCAGUCCAUCAGCUUUUGGCAUCUUCAACAGACAGAAUGGUACACUCCAUUCAAUGCAACUGCGACAAUGGAUAAGGACGACGUAGGAUGCUUGGAGAAUUAUACGGUGUUCAUCGUUAGCUCUAUGCAGUAUAUCAUCCUCGCGGUGGUCUUCUCAAAAGGUCACCCUUAUCGAAAGUCUCUCUUCACGAAUUAUGGACUCCUUGCGUCAUUCAUUCUCACCGCCUUGUUCUCGGUGUACCUCGCCCUCUGGCCAUUUGAUUGGCUAGCCAACAAGUUUGAACUUGUUCUCCCUCGUGAUAUGGGCUUCAGGGUCAUUCUUCUCGUCUAUGGUUUCGGGAAUUUCGUGAUAUCAAUGAUUGUCGAACACCUAUUCGUCGACUAUCUAGUCUUCAAGAAGCUCCGAUAUCGGUGGCACAAUCUCGAUAAGUCCAAACGCAAGUUUCUCGCCAUCGAACGUGACAUGGCAAAGAACCUAAAAUGGCCGCCGGUAUCACAAGAGCCGCUACCGGAAGCCGCCCCAGAUAUUCUCAUCAGGCAAAAUACUGUCACUGAAAUCAAGAUUGAGAUGCGAAUUCCAGAGGGUCGAGAGGUCGAACCGAGCUUCCUCAACUCACCCGCCUCUCUCAACUUUAAACGCUUUGGCUCUGCACGAGAGGUAACCUUAAAUGCCAGGUCAUUAUUUAAUGACCAACGGAAUACUGUAUCGAUGCAGGCUGUUCCCAUUCAAUUCGAGGAUCGAGAGCUGGACAAUAUCAGACGACCCAGGCUAGAUCUUCCGUUAAAGAGACGACACAAUUCCGAGUCUGAGAACGGAAUAGACAGCUGUGAGGGGCACAGAUUGAGACAGAUAAACCCAAUCGCUACUUUACCGAGAGGACAAUCCAGUCAGGCGAAUCACAAAGUUACGGAGUUCUCUAGGAUUCAUAAGAGCGAAGACCUAAGGGGUGCUACUCAGAGCGUAGUUGAGCUGGACAUAUUGCCCUCCUGAGAAAGAAUUCUCAGAGGACGGAGGGUUGGCAUGUAAGGGGGGAUAGGGCUAACGGUGCUAGUUUGUUUUUAAUAAUGAGGGUGUUAGUGCAUUUAGAAGCGAUUUAAAGAGAUUUAUGAUUUUUUUUUUCUUCGACGCAACUCGCCAUUUCCAGAGAGAAAUCCCUGGGUCCCUUUUGACCCUAAGCAUUGUUAUUAAUGUAGAGUAUUGAAUAAUCCAAAUGUUCUUCAUUUAAAGUAUUAUCAUGUUCGUUAAGGGAGUAUUUAAAGGAGUGGAGCGUUUAGGUUGAGUUGACUUAACCUUAAAGUUGGUUAAACCGUUGGACCACUCGGAAUUAACAAAAUGGAGGAUUAAUUUCGAUAGAGAUUAUUAAUUCUCGGCUCUCCGAUGAUGUAUUCAGUUUCACUUAAUAGAGUAAUUUUAGCUUAAGUACUUAUUGAAAAUGUAAAAUCAUGUAUCGAACCAUUUCGAUGAACCUAGGAAAUUCGCUGGACUACUCCAUUAGAGUUCUAUUAAACUUUCUAUUAAUCUUUGAACGGUACAAUCAUAAAAAGGGCCAGAAACCAUGGAAAAUCGUAAAGAUGGAAAUAUUGAUCAAAAAUUCUAUUAAAAAUAUGUCAAUAAAAUAAGGUAUAUAGAAAAUCGAAUUCUAUCGAUUUUUCCUGUAGAAACUGUCAAAAAACAAUAGAAAGUCAAUUGACAAUCUAAUGGAGCUAGCUAACGAACUUGCAAAGGUUUUAUACCCUUUUUUGUGUGAUGAGAGAGAAUUCCGUCUUUCCAACAAUUUUCAGAAAGAUAUAUUUCUUCUCAUUAUAAGAAUUGGUGAAUUGAUUUGAUGGCGGGCGGGUCCAAGUGCCAGGCGCAUGGAAAUGAUUAUCAAAAAUUACUCUGGAGCACAACCUCUCUUUUCUUAUGACAUCUUCGUUAAUGAACACAGCGUAAGAAACGAAAGGUUCUGAUGUAAUUAUAAUGACUUAAUGAAUUGACAAAAAUCUAUGUAAAUUUUUCUUUGAGCAAGUUGGGAGUUCAAAUGUGUACUUAUAACGAACGUUGAAAUUGAAACAUACGUAUGCAUUGCAUGAAUAUUAACACUCGCUCCUGUAAAUGCCGAAUGAUUGAACAACAGAAUUGAUUAAAUAUUACGAAUAUAGGAUAAUCAGAGCGAUGAAGUAAAGUAUAUUUGUAACGCAUAUAAAAACAACUGUCUUUUGAUUUUUGUUACAAAGAAUCUGUACUUUUUAUUGAACCAUUUAUUUAUUGAUUGAUUAAUGGUGAUUAAGGCUAAUUACUUACAAUGAAAUAAAAAUCUUUUAUCAUUAAUUAAUGGCCUAGAAUUAUUAUGUUAUCCUUGCCGACUAGAAAUACAAAUAUUUUAUAUUAUUUAUUUCAAACCCUUGAGAUUCUCUCAAUUAUGAGUUUUCGUUACGAAUUAGGUAAUCAAUAUUUCUAGGUUUAGUGUGGUUUUUGGAACUCUGUGAGUAUUUUACUGGCAAGAUUGAGCAUAGCCGAUGAAUCGUCAAACAUCAUCGUUAUCGCGUCAAACAAAAUUAAUCAACUAAUUAAAUUGAUCUAUAGACAUAUGAAAACAUAUAAUGGAAAAACCUGACGAUUAGAAUUUUUUCUAAAAAAUAUCUCGGAUUAAAUAGUCAGGAUGAGUGGUAGAAUUUUUCAUUGUUCUAAUAGAACUACAUGAAUUUCUUAGAAAACCCGUUUUUCUACAACAAUCUUUCAUAUGUGUAAUAUAUUUCCAGGCGAUACUUUAAGAAAAAAAAUAAAUCUCCCACAUUUAAAUUCACCCGUACCAAAAAAAUUGGGACAGUAAUUGAAAGAGGGAUUUUAUAUUAAAAAUUUCGGCAUUUGAUUGUCCCAAGUAUAUAUACUUAGCUGAAAUUUGCUUUUCUCACUUAUAUUAUCACGAGAGCUUCGAAAUUCUCGAAUAUUUCCCGAUAGCUUCGGUGCAAACAGAUGCACAUGUCAAGUUUUUCAGGUUUAAAAAUCACGAGAGCGAAGCCCGAGUUUCUGAAUUUUUCUGGGAACUUUGACAAGCUUGUUUGUUCGCACGGAAUCUAGAGUGAAAUAUACGAUUGAUUUUGAAGUUCAAGUCGUAUGCGGGGGUUAUUUUUUUCGUUAAAAUUUCAGCCGAUAGAAUUGCACCAUGAGACCAUUAUUAUCUAUAUUCCAAAAUUGAUAAAAGAUGUUUAAACUAAAAGAAUAGAAGAAAUAUUUCACUCGAUAAAUCAUACAAUUUGAUUCAAUCUUUCGAUUUCAAUCAGUGAUUAAUAUUAUCCAACAGUUUUUCGUAUAUAAAGGUAAGAGACAAAUUAUUUGAAAAAUAUUGAGUUAUAAUACCACAAAAACUUCAAAAUUAUCGGAUAUUUCCCGGUUGGUUCGCUGUAAACAAAUGAACGUGUCAAGUUUUCCAGAAAUUUUUUUUCACCUUUUUAACAAGCUCGUUUGUUUGCAGGGAACCUAGAUGGAAAUAUUCGAUUAAUUUCGAAGCUCGCGUGGUAUUCGGGGGAUUAUUUUUCCCAUUCAAACGGCGAUCAAUAGAAUUGCGCCAUGAGACUAAAAUCAGAUAAGAACACCCGAAGAAAAUUGCAUAGUCAAAA